CGUCGGUUGAUUGAUGGCUUGGGUUAACUUCUCUCCCGCCCGGCCGCUCCACGCCACCUCAUUUGCUUCGACGCUCAAGGAAAAGUCGUGUCCACAAGCCCGCCUCUCCUGCAGCUAGGAGCCGCACCGACCCUCAUGCCCUUCGCUUCUUCUUCCUUGAGGCCUCGCUUCCUUCGGAGGGAAGCCGACUCCGACGAGGAGAGCGAAACCUCGUCCUCCGGCGGAGAAGAUGACCUGGAGGAGGACUUCCCCGAGGAGGCUCAGGUGGAGGAGGAUACGGCUGAUGAGGUCGCGCCGGGAAAGAGGAAGAAGCCGCCUCCCAUCACCAUCAGUCUCAAGAGGGUUUGCAAGGUUUGUAAGCAAUCGGGCCACGAAGCUGGUUUCAGGGGAGCCACCUACAUCGAUUGCCCCAGAAAACCCUGUUUUCUCUGCAAAACGCCUGGUCACACAACCAUGUCUUGUCCACAUCGUGUAGCUAUGGAGCACGGUGUGAUUCCUGCCCCUGCAAGGAACACAAAGACCCCGUUGGAUUAUAUCUUCAUGCGGCAACUUAAGGCUAAAAUACCAAAGUUCAAGCCAGUCUAUGUGAUCCCUGAUCAAGUAGACUGUGGAUUAAUUAGGUUCCACAGUAGACGUGUAACAUGCUUGGAAUUUCAUCCAACAAAGAGUAAUAUUCUUCUAUCUGGAGAUAAGAAAGGGCAACUUGGCAUUUGGAACUAUGAUAAGCAGCAUGAAAGGACAAUUUAUGGAUCCAUACACUCGUGCAUAGUUAACAACAUAAAGUUUAGCCUAGGCAAUGAUGCAAUGGCGUAUACAUCAUCCUCAGAUGGGACCGUCAGUUGCACUGACAUGGAGACUGGAAUCAGUACUCUCUUAUUGGAUCUUAACCCAGAUGGAUGGAAUGGCCCUGCUAGUUGGAGGAUGCUGUAUGGUAUGGAUGUCAAUACUGAGAAAGGUGUUUUACUUGUAGCAGAUAAUUUUGGAUACCUCUACUUGUUGGAUGUGCGGUCAAAUGUGAAAAUUGGUGAACCAAUUUUAGUACAUAAGAAAGGAAGCAAGGUUGUUGGGCUUCACUGCAAUCCUGUACAACCAGAUGUUCUUCUAAGCUGUGGCAAUGACCAUUUUGCUCGAAUUUGGGAUGCUAGAAGGUUAGGUACUGAAUCUUGCCUUGCCAGUCUUGCUCAUGGACGUGUUGUGAACUCUGCAUAUUUCUCACCGCUGACCGGGAACAAAAUCUUGACAACAUCUCAAGACAACCGCAUUAGAGUGUGGGAUUCAAUUUUUGGCAAUUUGGAAUACCCAAGUAGAGAGAUUGUCCACAGCCAUGAUUUUAAUCGUCACUUGACUCCUUUCCGAGCUGAGUGGGAUCCAAAGGAUCCCUCUGAAUCGCUUGUGGUUAUUGGUCGUUACAUUAGUGAGAACUAUGAUGGGGUUGCAUUACAUCCUAUUGACUUUAUAGACACGAGUACUGGUAAGCUUGUGGCUGAAGUAAUAGACACAGAUGUAACAACAAUCAGCCCUGUGAACAAGCUUCAUCCUCAAGAUCAUAUUUUGGCAUCGGGGAGUUCAAGGACUCUGUUAAUUUGGAAAGCAAGGCAGGAAGAUUGGGAAGCGAAGAAGCAACCAGAGAAGAGGCCAAAGCAGUUCAUAUUUAGGAAGAAUGAGAAGAAGUCUAAUGGGAAAUUCGACAGCGACAGUGGUGGUGAUUCUGACUGUGACUCCAAUGGGAAAAAACGCAAAGCCAAGAAAUGCCAAGGUAAAUACAAAAAGCUGGCCUGGUGAAAGAGGCUUCUACUCCCUAAAGACUGCCUAAAUUUAGGAUUCUGUGUUCCCCAUCUGGUCUUUUGCUUGACCGCAUUUUGUUCACCCGUGUUUUUGAUUUAUGGCACAAUAGGCAACUUUUUUGCAGACUGUAAAUAUUUAUCUCUACGUAGGACAUCAGCUUUGAAGUUUGCUUGAUAUGGUCAUGACCAUUUUGGAGUCCACAAGUUAUUCCAGUCCUGUAAAAUCAAACACCUUUUCUCUCGUCCUCCUGUAAUAGUAUAGAAAAAUCUCGUGGGAGUUCAUUUUGUCA